AUGCUUGCAACGAACAAACCGGUAGCUGAUGUCGACUCCGGCCGCAAACUUGGGAGACUUCCUUCGAGUAUUGAUGGCAGUGCAGGCUGUGCUCCUGACAACCAUCUCCCGAUCGGUUGCCUCCUGUUGAUUUUGCCUUCGGGCCCCAACGCGACGAUUGCGAGGCAGGCUCUCCCGGAUACUACGCGCUCAAGGACGAAUCGCAAGACGAGGACGUGAAUGGACGGGAUUUAGGGAAUUUGUUCUUGAAGGAAGAAUGCCACGAGUUCACUACACCUGGUGAGAGCCUCCCUGAGGAACGUCCUUACACCUCACCUUCGCACGAUCGGUUGCCCCCUGUUGAUUGUGCCUUCGGGCCCUGGGAUCACGGCUACGACGCAGGCUCUCCCGGUUCCCAUCGUCUGGCCGAGAACAUUAUGGACGCCGUCGACUCUUCUACCGGUCCCCUUUCUCCUCCCAUCGCCGUCAAUCGAGUUCAUGCUAUCGCCGCGGCCCCCGCCAACGACGCGCCCAUUCCAGUCGAUGCCGACGCCGAUGAACUCGACUUACUGGGAGCCGCCGCCGAUGAGGUCAACGACGCCCCUGUAGUCCAUCGACCGCCCGACCCGCUGCCGCAACCUUUCCUCGACGCCGUCAUCCGAGCCUACGCCCACGAUUCGCAAGCCCAAGUCAUUGUUGACGACCCGCUGUCAUGGCCGAUGUUUCGGGUGACCGAGGAAGGGAGGAUCUUGCGUGUACAUCCAGAUGAGUCUCUUUCCCUGUUUGUGCCUCGCGGUCUCGCUACCGGCGUUGUCGACUCCGACAAGCUCCCAUCGCUGCGCGAGCUCGUGCUUUCGGAGAUCCAUCGGAGCGUCGGGCACGCGGGACAUCGCAUCACCUUGGCCGCCAUACGUCCUUUGUAUUGGUGGUCGUCCAUGUCUGCCGAUUGCGCCAAGUUCUGCCAUUCAUGCGAAGAUUGUGCCCGAGGCAAAGCGUCCACUCAAGUCCCUUAUGGCCGACUGCAUCCGAUGCCGAUCCCUUCUGGCCCAUGGGAACAAGUGGCCAUCGACUUCAUGACGGGACUGCCUCCGGUCGAGUUCGAAGGGAUGAUGGUCGCUCAAAUCAUGGUGGUCACUGACACUUGGGGCAAGAUGGUCCACCUGAUUCCCCUCCCAGCCGACGCCGACUCCGAGCUCGUUGCCGACAGGUACUACGCCACCAUCUUUCGACUGCAUGGGACGCCUUCCGCCAUCGUUUCCGAUCGCGAUCCCAAGUUCACCUCGCAGUUUUGGCGAGCAUUGCAGGCGAAGGUCGGCACCGUCUUGCGGAUGUCAACAGCGGCGCACCCAGAGACCGACGGAUCGAGUGAGAACCGAAUCAAGAUGGUCACCCAAACCCUGCGCAUCAUGGUGUCGUCAAACCACGAGGCUUGGGCAUCUCGUCUUGUUGAAGCUGAGUUCGCUCUUAACUCUUCCGUUGCUGUUUCCACGUCUCUGUCGGCUUUCGAGGCGACUUACGGUUACCUUCCUCGACGCUGGCCCACCGAUUCCUGGUCUGUCUCGGACGUCCCGCGUGCGGAAGCGUUUGCCCGAAUCCGACAGUUACGGAAUCUCGACGUCACGGAUGCGAUCAUUGGUGCACGCCUCGAUCAGACUCACCAGGCCAACAAGCAUCGACGCCCGGAUGAUCCCGCCUUUCGGACCGGCAGUUAUGUCUAUCUUUCGACCAAGAACCUGGCAGUUCCUGAAGGGAUGAAGUCGAAGUUGUUGCCGCGCUACAUUGGUCCUUUCCGUAUCCGAGCGGCCAUUCCAGCGACGUCCAGUUACGACCUCGAGCUUCCCCCAGCAAUGUCGCGAGUGCACAGUCGCUUCCAUGCUCGACUGCUUCGCCCCUAUGUUGAGAACGAUGCUGAGAGGUUCCCUGGGCGUGACCCCGCAGUUCUUUUUGUUGAAGAUGUAGCCGACGCGGCCGACAACUCCGCCAUUCCGGAACGGAUUGUUCGCGAUCGUCGGAACGCUCGGGGCAAUCGUUCGUUCUUGGUUCGAUGGAUUGGCCGUAAGGACAUCGAUGACACUUGGAUGUCAGAGCAGUCCCUCCGCUUCGACCAUCCAUCCCUACUCGACGCCUACCUGGCACAACUCGAUCGCUCAAAUCGCCGCCUGUCCUCCCGGUAG